AUGAGCGAUAAGUUGCAAAGAACCUUACAAAGAUUCAAUUCGAGAAUUGAAGCCGGUGAUUAUUACGAGGCGCACCAAACUCUUCGGACUAUUGCUAACCGGUACAUUAGAGCCAAAAAGUACGAUGAGUCGAUUGACUUGAUAGCUCAUGCAGCUGGUGCGUUUUUGAAGUCUAAACAAGGUGGAUCGGGUACUGAUUUAAUAUUUUACUUGCUAGAGGUGUACGAUUUGGCAUCUGUAAAGUGUGAUGAUGCUUCUGUCUCGAGACUAAUCCAACUCUUGGUGCUUGUAGACAAAGACGAGCCUACUUUGAAGGAUUUGGUUACUGGUAUGAACAAUUGGUCUGUGAAGCAUAGCGAUUAUAAGUUUGGGGAUCCAUACUUGCAUUCUGCAAUUGCCAUGAAAUUGUUGGAAGGCGGAUAUACAUACGAGGCGGAGAGGUAUCUUGUCUUGGGGACGGGUGAAUCUAUGAGACACUACGUAGAUCUUCUUUGGGACUGGUUUGAACAAUCCGGGGAGGAUGCUUCCAACUUUGCCGAUUUUGCUUCGAGAUUAGUGUUCAACUACUUGUUCAUCAGCAACAUCGAGUAUGCGUUAGAAGGUUUGAACGAGCUUUUGACCAGGUUUAUAGAUCGUACUGGAGCUGAAUUUGAAAGCACAGAGAAGGGUCCUUAUAAACUAAAGGUAUUCUCGUCGAACGAGUCAUUGAACUUCCUACAGCUACUAAUAAUUGCAUGUCAAACAAAGGAACGGGUUCUGUUUGGCAACUUGAAGUCCCAGUAUCCAUCCUUGGCCCACAAGUACAAUUCCGAACUACAAUAUUUGGGACAAGAAUACUUCGGUAUUAAGGUGGAGAAGCCCAUCAACUUCCUCCAGGAUAUGAUGUCUGGCUUUUUCGGAGGGAAAUAG